AUUUUAAAUAAAAAAAAAAAAACCCUAACUUUAUCUGUAUCUCUCUUCCCGUCCUAUCUCGAACUCGAAGUCGCACCAGGGCACCACCAUGGCACCCUUCUUCUCUCUCCCUCUCUAGCGAUCUCAACUAGGCAAAUAAAAUACAAUAUUUUGUUGGUGAGGAUCUUUGGAAAUUUAGGGCCUGGGGAUAACCCCAAAUGUAUAAAUCCCCAUGUUUUAUUGCAUCAAUUGUACUACAACAUAAUGCCGGAAACCCAUAAUCAGAAAGUUCAUUCGGGCUCGCAAUUUUUUCCAAUUCAGGUAUAAGAAACUAUCAUCAGCUCUUGUUUUUGAGAAGCCUACAUAUUAUAUAUUUAUAUCAUACGUACUCAAUGAGUAAGAACAAAUGAAGCUAGCCAAUCAUAGAAGAAUUAUUUGUAAGAGUUCCUGAAUGGUUGAAAUUGAUGGCACCUGUUCGUUCCACUGGACUUGUUGACCCUGGAUGGGAGCAUGGCAUUGCUCAAGAUGAGAAAAAGAAGAAGGUUAAGUGCAAUUACUGUGGAAAAGUAGUUAGUGGUGGAAUAUACAGAUUAAAACAACAUUUAGCUAGAGUUUCUGGAGAAGUGACUUACUGUAAUAAGGCUCCAGAGGAAGUGUACUUGAGAAUGAAGGAGAAUUUGGAAGGAUGUCGUUCUAAUAAGAAACCACCAAAACAUUCCAGAGAUAAUGGGCAGGGAUAUUUGAAUUUCCACUCUAAUGAUGACGAAGAACUGGAGGUGCAGGUUGAGUAUAGAAGCAAAGGAAAGCAAUUGAUGAAUGAUAGGAACUUAGCUAUUACCUGUACUCCUCUUCGGUCAUUAGGAUAUGUUGAUCCUGGCUGGGAACAUUGUGUUGCCCAAGAUGAGAGGAAGAAAAAGGUUAAAUGUAAUUACUGUGAGAAAAUAGUUAGUGGAGGUAUCAAUCGAUUUAAGCAACAUUUAGCAAGAAUUCCUGGUGAAGUAGCACCUUGUAAACAUGCUCCAGAUGAUGUGUAUAUAAAAAUGAAAGACAACAUGAAAUGGCAUCGUACUGGGAGAAAACAAAGACGAGCUGAUGUUAAGGAAAUUUCAUCAUUUUAUGCAGAAUCAGAUUCUGAUGAUGAAGAGGAUGAGUCUGAGGAAGUUGAUUUGCAUCAUAGAAGCAAAGAAAAACUGAUUGACAAUGAUGGAAAAGUUGGCAAGGAUCGGAGAAAAUCUAUUAAGGACAUGUCUCUAACUAGUGGUUCUGAACCCAUAUUAAAAAGAUCAAGACUUGAUUCUGUUUUUAUGAAUACCUUUAUGGAUCAGACACCAGAAUGUUAUAGGCAAGUAAAAGUGAAAACAGCGUCUAAUAAACAAUCACGGAAGGAAGUUCUCUCUGCAAUUUGCAGGUUCUUCUACCAUGCAGGCGUUCCUUUACAAGCAUCAGAUUCUGUUUACUUCUAUAAGAUGUUGGAAUUGGUUGGUCAACAUGGACAGGGUUUAGUAGGGCCUUCUAGCCAACUGACAUCAAGCCGAUUUCUUCAGGAGGAAGUUGCCAACCAGAAAAACUACCUAAUUGAGUACAAAGCUUCUUGGGCAAUCACUGGCUGUUCUAUAUUGGCUGAUAGUUGGAGAGACACACAGGGUAGGACAUUGAUUAACUUUUUGUCUUCAGGACCAAAUGGUGUUUAUUUUGUUUCUUCAAUUGAUGCCACUGAAGUAAUGGAAGAUUCUUUUAGUUUGUUUAAGCUGCUUGAUAAAGUAGUGGAAGAGAUCGGUGAGGAAAAUGUAGUGCAGGUUGUAACUCGAAAUACUCCCGCCUAUAAAAAUGCUGGAAAGAUGCUUGAGGAGAAGAGAAAUAACCUAUUCUGGACCCCAUGUGCAACUGACUGUAUUGACCAAAUGCUUGAAGAUUUUCUCAAGAUAAAAUGUGUAGGGGAGUGCAUGGAAAAAGGGCAACAGAUUACGAAGUUCAUUUACAGCCAGAUUUGGUUGAUAAAUCUCAUGAAGAUUGAAUUCACUCAGGGAAAGGAACUUUUAAGGUCAGCUGGUACCCGGUGUGCUUCUAGUUUUGCUACCUUGCAGAGUUUGUUGGACCAUAGGACAGAGCUCAAAAGAAUGUUUCAAUCAAGCAAAUGGGUUUCAUCCGGGUACUCCAAAGCAAGUGAUGGAAAAGAGGUAGAAAAAAUUGUACUAAAUACUGGAUUUUGGAAGAAGGUACAUUUUGUUGUCAAAUCAGUGGACCCAAUAAUGCAAGUACUUCAAACGGUUGAAAGUGGUGACAGCUUCUCUAUGCCAUCUAUAUAUUAUGAAAUGUACAGGGCAAAGCUUGCUAUUAAAUCCUUUCAUGGUGAUGAUGGAAGUAAGUAUGGACCCUUCUUGGCUGUUGUAGAGAAUCACUGGAAUUCGUUGUUCUACCAUCGUCUAUAUAUGGCUGCUUAUUUCUUAAAUCCAGCAUACCGAUAUCAACCUGAUUUUGUGGCGCAUGCUGAGGUUGUUCGUGGACUGAAUGAUUGCAUUACUCGGCUGGAGCCAGACAAUGCUAAAAGGGUCACUGCCUCCAUGCAGCUUUCUGACUAUACCUCUGCAAAAGCUGAUUUUGGAACUGAAUUAGCCAUUAGUACAAGAACAGAUCUUGAUCCAGCCGCAUGGUGGCAACAACACGGGAUAAGUUGCGUAGAGCUGCAACGGAUAGCUGUACGUAUUCUAAGCCAGACCUGCUCAUCUUUUGGGUGUGAGCAUAAUUGGAGCGUAUUUGAUCAAAUUUACAGACACAGACAGAAUCGUCUAGCUCAGGAAAGAUUGAAUGACCUCAUUUAUGUUCACUACAACCUUCGAUUAAGAGAACGCCAACAAAGAAAAAGGUCCAAUAGCUCAACCUCACUUGACAUUGUAUUGCUAGAACAUUUGCUGGAUGACUGGAUUGGUGAAGAAGAUAAAAAACUAGUGCUAAAAGACGAGGAAAUCCUCUGUACGGAAAUGGAACUGACUAAUGCAUACGAAGACGAGACGAUCGAUUAUGAAGAUGGAACUGUAGAGAAGGGAUGUGUCGAACUAGUCACUUUGUCGGAUGUCAAUCCUUCUAAUGCUGGUGCUGUUUCAGACGAUGAUGAUGAAAAUGAUGACGAAGAUGAUGACGGUGAAGUAAAUUACUUUGAUGAUGAUCUGAGUGAAUAGCCGGAAUCAAAAAUGUAAAUGUUAACCUGAUGAUGCAUUCAUGCGUUGACUAUCAAAAGUUUUAUACUGUUUCAUGGGUUUAAUUAAUCCUUACAAAUAGUUCGACCAGUGUAUAGUAAUGUAAAAAUAGUACGGAAGAAAUAGAAAGUGAGGAAUUUAUUGAGGUGAUUGAGAACAUAGAUAUUACACAUUAUUAAAAACAAAAGAAUGAAACUUGUCUUUCUAAUUUUCCUA